GUAACUUUGUUGAUACUAUUUUCAUUAUACAUUAACAACUUCGCUUCACUACUAUUCUCACUUCCUCUUUAAAUAAGCCUUUCAAACUUAAAACCCCACUUCUUGUUGUUUACUUCCCAGUUAGAUUUUUCUGUUACCUCUUCUAGCAACCAGCAAGUAACAUAUGGCUACAUAGUUAAGCCUCAGAACAACUCAGUCCAGUCGUUUUUCCAGAGAGUGGAUUUUCUUGAGUGAAGUUGAAAAUGAACGGCUUAGAGAGAAGCAGAAGAUGGAAUAAUCUAAAACAACGGUUAGGAUUUAAUGGUAUGGGGUGUUGUGGAGCCAUCUGGAGUCGACCGAGAAUUCAAACCAUCACCGAUAUCAUACAACAAGAAGAAACUGGUAUUGACAUACAAAAUCAAGAAGUUUCUCAACAACCAACUCCAGCUGCUGGUUCAGGGAUGAACCUGGCAAUGGCACUAGCAGCUGAACGCAAUUUACGGGAUGGAGACAAUGUGGGUCCUCCUAAGAAAGAAGCUGGAACUGUGAAGUCGUUGAUGAUGUUGAUUGAAGAAACGGACGGUGAUGAUUGGAAGAAGAGAAAGAGUGACCUGGGAGGAGUAGAAGCUGGUAAAUUAGGCGGAGGGAGUGAUUGGGUGUGUUGUGUGUGCAUGGAGAGAAAUAAAGGUGCAGCUUUUAUUCCAUGUGGACACACUUUUUGCAGGGUAUGUUCAAGGGAAUUGUGGCUGAAUCGAGGCUCUUGUCCCAUCUGCAACCGUUCGAUUCUGGAGAUCCUUGAUAUUUUUUAGAUGAUCUUUCUCCUUUGUUUAUUGCUACAUAUAUUCUUUUCAUUAAAUGAGAAAUGAAAAUCAAAGACAA